AGUGGUAUCUUUGGAAUAUAAGGAAUUUAUUUGGAAUUCAAGGCACUGUAAAGCUGAUAAAUUUUUAUAAAGCAGACUUCCCGUCGAUCACCAAUGUAAAGGAAUUUGCUACUUUAUGCUCGACUUUGACAGCGCAUCCAAAUGAAAAGGAAGUCUCACCGAUAAAAGCCACGAAAGAUGUUUGCAGCCAAAUCCAUUCUCGUUUUUGACAACGGUUCCGGAUCUUUGAAGGCAGAUUUUGCCACAGCCGAUUCUCCCAGCAUUGUUUUCUCGUCAGUCGUUGGCCGACCACGAAUUGCAAGUGAAUUGGUCCUUGGCGUGAAUCCGAGGGACAACUACGUGGGCAAAGAUGCUCAAGAAAAGAGAGGCAUCCUUGCACUUUCCUACCCGAUUGAUCACGGACGAGUAGCCGACUGGGACGACAUGGCGAAGAUCUGGCACCACACAUUCUACAGCGAGCUCAGGGUGGUUCCUGACGAGCACCCUGUUCUGCUCACCGCGCCGCCCCUCAAUCCUUUGCGCCACCAUGAGAAGACUACCCAGAUCAUGUUCGAGACUUUCAACACUCCUGCCAUGAACAUCGGCAACAAACUGAAGCUGGUGUUGCACUCAACAGGCCGCUCAUCCGGAUUGGUACUCCACUGCGGUGACGGAGUAACUUGCACACUCCCAAUUUAUGAAGGUUUCACCCUUCCACAUGCAAUGGAACGUAUAAAACUUGCUGGCCGUGACUGCACUGAGUACCUGAUGAAGAUGUUAACAAAUGGGGCCUUCAACUUCUCCACCACUGCGGAGCGAGAGAUCGUUCGGGACAUCAAGGAAAAAUUGUGCUUCGUGGCGCCGGAAUCAGAGCACAGGGUCAAAUCGAGCAAAGUGGAAAAGGCGUACAUUUUGCCUGAUGGUCAGGUGAUCACCCUUGGCAAAGAGCGCUACCUCUGCCCCGAGCUACUCUUCCAGCCUUCACUUCUAGGUAUGGAUGUGAGAGGAGUGCACGAGAUAGUGUACAGCUCCAUUAUGCGCUGCGCCAUGGACACUCGGAAGGAGCUGUACAAAAACAUUGUUCUCUCCGGAGGCUCCACCAUGCACCCUCGCUUUGCCGACCGUUUGCAGAAAGAGAUCUCAGACCUGGCUCCAAGCACAAUGAGUAUCAACAUCAUCGCCCCUCCAGAGAGAAACUUUUCCGCCUGGAUUGGUGGGUCCAUUGUUGCCCGUAUGCCAACCUUGAUGUGGAUCACCAAGCAGGCUUACGACGAGUGCGGUGAAUCCAUCGUGCACAGGAUGUGCUACUAAGCCUUGUAAAAAUUGAAUUUUUGUGAUAUUCUCUUUUUAAAAUUGUAAAUGAUUUUGCUUAUUUUGUAUAUUUCAAUGGAUUAAUUUUGUCUUGUAAUUGAAUAAUUCAUGAAAUUAAAAUAUCUUUCC